CACCGCAGCUUUUGGGCAGGUGCUCCUUUCUGCGCGUGUUUGAAGACGGUACCAUGCCGGAUCGGGAAUCAAACACCGAAAGGCUGUAAAGACCUUCUGGAAUCCGACAUUUACGCAGAGAUGGGAUUCCUUGUGAGAUCCCGUUGGCUUAUGAUCCCCCUGCUCAUGCAGGCCUGGCUCCUGGCUUCCCAAGGCAGAGUCCGAGAGAAACCGUGUCCCCAAAGUUGCAGAUGUGAUGGCAAAAUAGUGUAUUGCGAGUCCAAUGCCUUCCGCGACGUGCCAAAAAAUAUGUCCAUAGGAUGCCAGGGCCUCUCUCUGCGUUACAACAGCUUGGUGAACCUUAGGGCUGGUCAGUUUGCCAACCUCGGUCAGCUGGUUUGGCUAUACCUUGACCACAACUACAUCAAUGCAGUGGACAAGCAAGCCUUUCAGGGUGUUCGAAGACUAAAGGAGUUGAUCCUAAGCUCCAACAAGAUCACACAUUUGGAAAAUAGCUCCUUUCAUUCAAUCCCCAAUUUACGCAAUCUGGACCUUUCCUACAACAAAUUGCAAGUCUUGCAGCCUAAUCAGUUCCAAGGAUUGCGCAAACUGUUGAGUCUCCACAUCAGAUCAAAUUCCCUCAAGACAGUUCCCAUGCGAGUGUUUCAGGAUUGUCGAAAUCUAGAAUUCCUUGAUUUGGGCUACAAUCGACUGAGGAGUCUUACCCGUAAUGCUUUUGCAGGACUUCUCAAACUGACCGAGUUACACUUGGAACACAACCAAUUCUCAAAGAUCAAUUUCUCUCAUUUCCCAAGGCUGAACAAUCUCCGGGCUCUGUAUCUGCAAUGGAAUCGUAUAAAGUCAAUAACCCAGGGGAUAACAUGGACCUGGACCUCUUUGCAAAAGCUGGAUCUCUCUGGGAAUGACCUGCAGUUGUUGGAUCCGAGCAUCUUCCAGUGUCUCCCGAAUUUGCAGACUCUUAAUCUGGACUCCAAUAAGCUUACCAAUUUGUCUCAAGAGGCCAUAGCUGCUUGGAUCUCUCUUACUACAAUCAGCCUUGCAGGAAAUAUUUGGGAAUGUAGCCCCAGCCUUUGUCCCCUUGUUGCCUGGUUGAGAAACUUUAAGGGGAACAAGGAGACCACUAUGAUUUGUGCUGGGCCAAAGGAAGUUCAAGGUGAGAAAGUAAUUGAGGCCAUUGAAACAUAUGGCAUCUGUAAGGUAACCCCGACCCCUUACAUGCUAAUGUCCUCGACUGUAAAUUCUCCACCCAAGUCUGGACGUUUGCCCCUGCCCACUAUAUUUCGGGUGAAUGAGAAAAUAAUCCGCCACAAUCCAGUUGCUCCUACCCCAACAGUAGCAUCCCCACCUGUCCCAGAGCAAGACUUUGAGCAUGUUUCUUUCCACAAGAUAAUAGCAGGCAGCGUCGCCCUCUUCUUAUCCGUGGCCAUGAUCUUGCUAGUGAUCUAUGUUUCCUGGAAGCGUUAUCCCAGCAGCAUGAAGCAGCUACAGGAGCAUUCCAUGGUGAGAAAACGCCGGAAAAAGGCCCGGGAGACAGAGAGAACCCUCAGUUCCCCACUUCAGGAAUAUUAUGUGGACUACAAACCCACAAACUCUGAGACCAUGGACGUACUUGUCAAUGGGACAGGACCCUGUACCUACACCAUCUCCGGCUCCCGAGAAUGUGAGGUAUGA